GGGGCUCGCUGGCCACCGCGGUCCCAGUUGCGGCCGCCGGAGCCCGAGCCAUGCGAGCCGCGGGGUCGGGGGCGCGCCCGGGGCUGGCGCUGCUGCUACUUUUGGCCGGGGCCGGGGCGUUGGCCGCCGCCUUGCCCCCAGCCCCGCCGCUCUUCAACGUGAGCCUGGACGUGGCGCCCGAGCUGCGCUGGCUGCCCGUGCUGAGGCACUUCGACCUCGACUUCUUGCGCACCACGAUGGCGCACAUCCUCGGGAAUAAGGUCCCCAAGUGGGUCCACGCAUUGAUUGGAAAGGUGGUCGAGGAGCUGGCGCGCUUCCUGCCCCAGCCCUUCACCGACGAGAUCCGUGGCAUGUGCGAAGUCCUGAACUACAGCCUGGCCGACUGCCUGCUGCUCAACCUGGUUUACGAGUCCACCGCAUUCUGCACCAGUAUUGUGGCUCAAGACUCCAGAGGCCACAUUUACCAUGGCCGGAAUCUGGAUUAUCCUUUUGGAAAUUUCUUACGCAAGUUGACUGUGGAUGUGCAGUUCUUAAAGAAUGGGCAGGUUGCAUUCACAGGAACCACAUUUAUUGGCUAUGUAGGAUUAUGGACUGGUCAGAGUCCAUACAAGUUUACAGUUUCUGGCGAUGAACGAGACAAAGGCUGGUGGUGGGAGAACAUGAUCGCUGCCCUUUUCCAGAGACACUAUCCAAUCAGCUGGCUUAUCCGCACUACCCUGAGUGAGUCAGAAAACUUUGAAGCAGCUGUGUAUAAACUGGCCAAGACUCCCCUAAUUGCUGAUGUUUAUUAUAUUGUCGGUGGUACGUCCCCCCGGGAGGGAGUAGUCAUCACGAGGAACAGAAAUGGCCCAGCAGACAUUUGGCCUCUAGAUCCUUUAAAUGGAGCGUGGUUCCGGGUGGAGACAAAUUACGACCACUGGAAGCCAGUACCUAAGAAAGAUGACCGAAGAACGCCUGCCAUCAAAGCCCUUAAUGCCACGGGCCAGGCAAACCUUAGCGUGGAGACGCUCUUCCAGGUUUUGUCUGUGUUUCCGGUGUGUAACAACUACACAGUUUAUACUACAGUAAUGAGUGCUGCCAACCCAGAGAAGUACAUGACUAGGAUCAGAAACCUGGGUUAAAAGUAAGUAAGCAGAAGAGUGGAUUCAACCAUGCUAUGAA